AUGUGCAAAAAAUUCUCAUUUUUUUAUCUUUUAGCUUCUUGUGUAUCAUUUUCAAUAUUAUGUGAUGGGAUUCAUCAGUCAAACCUCAAUCGGCGCUUCACGCUUCAGCCAAGUCCAUCUCAAGAAUCUACCACGGAUAAUACUGCGAAGAACACCACAGCACCAGACGUUCCGAAAACCAACCUCACCACCACCACCACCACCAAACCACCACCCUCAAGCACAACGUUAGAAAUCCCACCACCGCCGCCGCGACCCCCACCGGUAUCAUCCCUUCCGGUCUCCUCGAAUACUACCGCUCCUCCGACAAACAACGUUUCUGCCCCGGUUACCGACAAAAGCUGCGAAAAGGCCCCUUUGACGGUAGAAAGUUGGAAGAAGCUCCAGAUCGAUGAAUAUCUCAAGGCAUACCCGAAUGGCCAAAAACUUAGUCUCCAGCAGUUUGCUGACGAACAUGGCGCAUACAACUUUCGAUGUGGACUGGGAGAAACGUGUAAUGCAGGACAGGCAAGGCCAGCAUGGUACGUAUUGUUUGCGGCUCAGGAGUACAACAACUUUCAGCAGGCGCUGUACGACGCGAUCGGAUUUGUCAGCUCAGAGGUCCAAUCUGUUGGAUCUCAACUUGUUGCUGAUCUAUACCCACAAACACACAAGAAGAAAGCGUUUCGUGAUUUCAAGAUCGGGAUGGGUCUCACUAUCUUGGCAGCAAUAGCAGCUACAUAUGCUUGUGGUGUCUUCAUGUUCGUUCCUGGGCUACAACCUCUGGCAAUAGCAUCAGCCAUGGCUGCUGCUACUGCGGUCUCUGCAACCACCGCUCUUUUGGAAUCUCAGAAGGAAGAUAAGGAAGCAGCCAAAGACGAUCCUUUUACAAAGUGGGCUCAUUAUGCACAAGAAGUUAGUUCUUGGCAGACAAACACGCAAAACUCCAUCGGAGAUAAGCUCACCCAACACAUCAACAGUGGCGUCAGCACAGAUAAAGGGAUAUAUGAUGUCAUAAAGAAAGGUUCUUUUGCUGUCAAUUCCCAGGUGAAAACCAUGGCAGACCUUGAAAACUCAUAUCGCGAAGUGAUCAUUGCACGGAUGGUAAACGAAAUCUUGAAAGCAAAGGAAGCUUUUAUUACCAUUGGAUCGGAUUCUUGCACUCAAGGUGGACCUGGAGGUGCCUUUAAAGCUGAAGAUGGAUGGUUAAGCUAUUGCGAUCCUAGUGGGACAAUGAUGAAUAUCAUUGGCGCUCACCACGAUGAAGCAGAUAACACUUGGCCACAAGCCAGCUCCUUUACAACUAAAUAUGGCGUCACAGUCGAAUACCUGACUAAGCAAGCUGUGGCGUGUCAAGCCAAGUACGGAUUUUUGCAUGAUCCUUACGCCUCCGGAGCAUUUCCAAAUGACAAAAACUCUGAAUGCCUUGUCAAUAUGCUCGUGUGUGAUUGCAGGCUCCCAGGUAUGAGCAAAGCACGUAAAAAACACAAUACGGUACACGCCUGCCGUCACCAUGCCGGUGUUCCUGUUUGA